CAGCAAGCAGAGAGUCGCCGUCUCCAGGGUGAAGGCGGAAGUAAGGCUCUACCGCGCCCCAUGGAGUCGCUCCUGCAGCACCUAGACCGUUUCUCUGAGGUUCUGGCUGCCUCCCGCACGACUCACGUCCGCACCUGGGAGCCCGCGACCGUGCGCAGGGCCUUACAGUGGGCUGCCUACCUGCGCCACAUCCACAGGCGCUUUGGCCGCCAUGCCCUCAUUCGCAAGGCUCUGGAGCGGCGACUGCAAAACCAGUGGAAGCAGGAGGGCAACGCUGGGUCCUCUCCAGCCCCGGCGCUGGCGGACUUCCAGGCCUUGGGGCACUGCGACCAGCUGCUGUCUCUGCGACUGCUGGCGAACCCGGCCCUGGGGGAUGCCUCCUUUCACUACCUGCUGCAGCAGCUCUUUCCCGGCCCUGGCGUCCGGGACGCCGAGGGGGAGAUGCUCCAAGGCAGCCUGGCCCGCCUCUCCCGCCGGCGGGCCGCUAUCCACCUGCUGCACUUCAACGCCUGUAGAGAGAACUCGGACGUUCAGGAGGACCCACUGAGGAAGACCCAGGCGGAGCUGCUGCUGAGGCGUCUGCAGGAGGUGGGGGAGGCCGAGGCCGAGGGCCCCGGCAGGCUUCUGAGUAGCCUGUGGGGGCGCUUGUCCCAGAACAACUUCCUGGAGGUGGUAGCGGCCGCGCUGUUGCUGCCGCCGCCGUCGUCUCCCCGGCUCCAAGAAAAGGAAUUGGAACGGGGCGGCCGCGAAACACCGAGUAAGAGGGGUGAAGAGCUGCUUCGUUGGCUUCUGGGGAGAUCGGAUGUCAUGGUUGCCUUUUGCCGCAGCCUCCCAGCCGGGCUUUUAACUUUGGUGGCGGGGCGUCAUCCAGAGCUCUCCCGGGUCUAUCUGGCUCUGCUAACAGACUGGGGUCGACAACUGCACUACGACCUUCAGAAAGGCCUUUGGAUUGGAACUGAGUCCCAGGCUGUGCCCUGGGAGGAGUUGUUCAGCCGGUUUCAAAGCCUCUGUCGGGCCCCUCCACCUCUGAAAGAUGAAAUUCUAACUGCCCUGACUUCCUGUAAGGCUCAAGAUGGAGACUUCGAAGUCCCUGGUCUUAGCAUCUGGACAGACCUGUUGUUAGCUCUUGGGAGUAGUGCAUGAUACUGCAUUUGGGCAGAGACAAGUUCUCAGCCCAGGCCCCAAUUCUCUAUGGGCAACAUUCUGUUAUUGAUUACUUGAAUAUAUGGUUUACAAAAUUAAAAUUCCAGUCUUCUCACCAAAUCUCCUGUACUUUCAUGUGUCCAAAAUAUUAUUUUAAGUCCUAAUAUAUAAUAGGUGUGAUUGUAACUUAGUUACAAAUAUGUAUAGUAACUGGCUUGUAUUGCCAUGGAUUUUCUGGAUAGAGGAGGUAACAGUGGAAGUAUCCUACCUAAAGCCAUAAAAUUAACCAUAGUUCGCAUUUUAGAAGGCACAUUUCUAAUAAUGCUGAAAAGAUUUGUUCUUGUCAAAGAAAAAGCAGCUUUAAAGUGACAAGACACCUUUUGAAUAUUGUUAAUGCAUUACUUUUGUAGGUUUUUCUUGUUUUUUUUUUAUCUCCAGAAAUGAAGAGAUUUUUUUAACCAAUAGCAUCUGUUGUCAGAAAUGGUUUGGAAAGCCAACUGGCCUGGUUGGACUUUAAACCCUGGACUUUGACCUUGUUAACCUCACAUUUCUAACCAAUUAAACAGCCUCAACAUGUAUUAAAAUUGUUACUCAGAAA